UAUGACGUCAUGAAAACGUCGUUACCAAGCUUCAUUAUCGUUUGCGCGCUACAGCUGUGAGGCACCAGAGAUAUAUACACAACAUUAAAUCUAAAAUACUUGUGAUAACUGCGAAUAAAAGCGACGGGAAACUGUCAUAGCAGACCAAAAGAAGGUUAAGUCAGCGAGUUGCAUUUAGAUCUGACUGAUGACUGACCUUGAAGAUUUGGAAUCCAUGUCGGACUCCGAUGACGUCACUUCCGUGUCAGAUGACGAAGAGAUGAUUCCUCAAAACAUGGCCAGACAGUCCCAGAUAAAUGUCAACACCAGUAAAACAGUUGUGACUACACUGCCCAUGGAGGAGUCAUCUCCAAAACAGGAAGAAGAUAAUGACUACAUCCGGGUCCCGCAACAACAAUCUCCAAAACAAGAAGAAGAUAAUGACGACAUCCGGGUCCUGCAACAACAAUGGGAACAAGAUCAAAGCGAGACACUGCCUGUGGAUGAGUCAUCUCCAAAACAAGAAGAAGAUAAUGACUACAUCCGGAUCCGGGUCCCGCAACAACAAUUGAAACAAGAUCAAAGCGAGUUAGAGAAACUUCACACAUCGCCAAUCGUUCAAAGUGAAAAUCUUUCCGUACAAGGUCAAGAGCAAAAUUCGGAAGAUGUAAAGGUAAUUCACUAUUCACGCGAAAUGGAAUGUCCAUGUCCAUGUUCUUCAACUACACAAACCAUUGUAAAUUCCAAAGGUGAUACAAGAUACCAAGACGGACACAAUGACGACAAAACAGAUGCCUGUGUUAAUGGGGCAUUAGGUCCAUGCAAAGUAAUAGCGGGUAAUGAGAACACGUUUGAGGGUAACGGAGCAGACGACAACAUGAAACAGAAUGCAUACUCUAAAAGAAAGAUUCAAGGCAUUAUAACAGAAGGACUUCGGACAAAGCCUGUCCCGAAACAACGUAAAAGCAAUGCUCAAAUGAAAUCCCCAGAACAAAGUGACGAACAUCUUAUAAAAGUCUGGGAAGCUAUAGAAGCAAACAUUUCAGAGUUACAAAAGGCAGAUCCA